AUGGCGGCCCCCAUGUCCGAGCGGCUCUUCUCGCUGGAGCUGCUGGUGGACUGGGUGCGCCUGGAGGUGGAGGAGGAGAAAGAAGAGGAAAAAGAGGAGGCGGAGGAGAAGGCGGAGGAGGAGGAGGAGGGAGAGGAAGCCUCCCCGCGCUCCCUGUGCCCCGCGGUGGCCUUCCGCCUGCUGGACUUCCCCACGCUGCUGGUGUACCCUCCGGGGGGCCCGGCCGCCGCCGCCCCGGAGCCGCGGCCCGGCCUGCUCCGCUUCGGCCGCGGCAAGUCCUGCCUGUUCCGCCUGCACCCCGCCGCCCUGUGCGGCCGGCUCCUGGCCACCCCGCUGUACACGCUGGUGCUGCGGCUGCCCCCGGGGCGCCCGACGCCCGCCCCGCGGCUGCUGGGCACCUGCAGCAUCUCGCUGGCCGCCGCCGCCCUGCGGGUCCUGGGCCCCGCCGCCUCCUGCUGCUCCCACGGGCAUCGGGGGAGCUUCCCGCUGCACAACCACGUCGGGGAGCGCGUGGGGCACAUUUCGCUGACCUACCGCCUGACCGACCUGGGGAGCAGCUUGCUGGGCCACCUGGAGCGGCCACUCACUGCCCGCGGGGCUGGAGGGCACGAUGGGAAGGCGCGGAGGGCCGUGGAGGGCAGCUGCCGAGCCCAGCAGGAGAAACAGCUGCCGCAGCCCAACUCGGACCCAAGUCCAGGAGACCCAGAGGGGCCCCCGAAGAGUUUUCACGAGCAGGAGGCACAGAGGGACUUGAAGGAGGUCGUAGUCCCCCAGGAGGCCAACUCAGGCGACACGGGCUCCGUGGAGAAGGGCGCAGCCAGGUCUGUGCGUCCAGAUGCCAGCGGCGAGGGCAGGACUGGCCGCCCAGACACGGAAGCCACGGACCUGGACGUGGAGACCAACACGUUUUGUCCUCCCCCUCUGUAUUACACUCACGUGACCCCGGAAAGGAGGCCUCCCCUACGGGGUAAAGUCACCAUUCAGUGUCACGCGAACGUAGCUGAGGAAUUGGAUGGUACCAUCUUCCCAGAAGAAAAACUUGUCGAUCCCCCAACGCAUGCACACCUCCUGACACGUACGAAUUCUGGGGCUCGGGAGACUCCCGAGGUGCUUAACCCUCUGGCUCGUGCUCAGGACGUGGAGGCAGGCCAGCCCAGCCCAGCUCACCCUCAACCCGAGCAAAACCGAAUGAACACGAUAAGGCAGCUGCCUCUGUUGAACGCCCUGUUGGUGGAGCUGUCCGUGCUGUACAACCAGCCCGUCACAAGCCCGACGCACAUCCACCCGCACUUAGCCUGGCUGUACAGGACGGAGGAGAAGGACCGGCCAGAAUCUCCUCCUGCCAAAGCCACAGCUAAGUCUGAAUCCAAGAGAGAGAGGCUUCCGGUGGAGGGCCCCGAAAAGCCAGCGAGUCUUCCGGAUAGAAAGAACCAGGACGCGAAGCUUAAGAAAGGUCAGUGUUUUGAAAAGAACCACGGAGCCCCCUCCAGGACGGCUCCGCGGGCUAAGCUGCUCUAUGGCUUAACCAAUACGCUGAAGCUGCGUCUAAAGCAGACGAAUCCGGGGAUGCUGAUGGUCCACGAGAAGCGGGAACAGUACCGGAAGAUGCAGGUGCAAAUAUUCGGCGCCAAACCCCGGAUCCCAGCACCCAGAGCGAAAGCGCUCAGCUUGGCAAAACAGCACCAGAAGCCACACCGGCUGCCUAAAGAUAAGCAUGUAGAAGCGGAUACGUCUCUCGCUGGAAAUGGCGCUCCUUCCAAGUCCACGAGGGGAGUUUCGGAUGACCCCGGCACGGCCAAAGGAACGCAGCUGAAACGUGCCACCGAAAAGACGGUGGGCGGUGGCGAGACUCGAACCGGCGACGGUUCAUCGGAGGACGUUGUGAGCCCCGCAGACCCCAUCGCUCCAGAACGGUUGGCUCCUACAAACGUUUCGGAAGGAAGCGUGGAGACGGAAGUCCAGAGUCCCUCGGUUUUCCAGCAGGGUGCAGUUGUUGACAAGAUUCUCAGAGAGAAAGGUACAGGAGACAAGACCACCGAGAACGGCAUUCUUCCUGCCGACGCGAGUGAAAGCCAGCCGAGUAAAUACAGUUGCUCUGGAAGCAUCUCAGAACUGCACUAUUCAGAUGACUUCACCAGCCCCUCCUCCUCUGAAGAUUUCUGUACUGACGACACCAGUAGAAUUUUAUGGGCUCAGGGUAGGACCCCAUUGGCAGGAGACGCAACACACAGCCCAUGUAACAGCAGGUCUAGUGGAACAAGAUUGUCCACCAGGAAAAAGAGCCGCGAACGGAGUUUUAUUCCUACUCCGCCUUUUUCAGCCGGAUCACCAGUGCGCUCAUCCAAAAGGUUUCAUACUCCCAAGACUCGAGGUGAAAGUUUGGAGGACGCAUCUUCUCUCAAUACCAGUGACUCGUCUUCCUGUUGGACCGAGGAAAAAGAAAACCAGUUGGACCAAAGUAGCGCGCAUCCUUCGAAAGCUACAAAGACGGGUCCAGGCAGCGCCGUGAAAACGCAAACUGAUUGCAGGUCUUCAGGAAAAAGCCAGUCAAUUGGGACAUCCCAAGUGAGUUCCUAUCAGCCCUCGAAUCCGUCAGAGUGCAGUAAAUCCUAUGGCUCUGAAGAAGACAGCGAUGAAAUUGCUUCGCUAAAUAUUUCCGAGAAAUGCAAAGAUAUUAGCGAAUUACUAGUAAAUAAACUUCCAGGAUAUACGGUGUAA